AAAUGACACAUCAAUACAAUACUAAAAGGGGAAUAAGGGCUUCCCACAUGCUUCCACGUCCUUAAUAAUAAUCAACCAAUAGGAUGUCUUUUUUUUUCCACGUCACGCGAAGGAUGGGCUGUUUUGUUUCUUUGAUCCGUAAAAUAUAAAAUUUGACACAAAAGCCCAAUCCAAAAUAAACCUAGCAAAACUCAUAAACAUCGUCUUUUUCUCUUUCUCACCUUCCCCAGUUUUCUACGUUUCUUCCCUACUGUAUCUAAGCCAUAAAUUGAACCUCUAAUAACAUAAACGUUCGACUUGCUUCAUUAUCGUCUCCACCUCUCUCCUUAUCUGCGAAAAUCAAUCAUAGUAUUCUAAUCUCUUGCUUUGUUUGAUUGCUUCCAUGUCAGUUGGCUUCCUUAAAAUAUAUUGGAUUCUUCUUCUUCCCUGGAAAAUUGAAGGUGCUUCCUCUUUUUUCCCUCUCUCUUACUUCUUAAUUGUUUUCAUAACUAAAUUGGAUAUGCGAUUCGAUCUAAUUUAGGGUUUUAGUAUCAAUAUUAUCCCAAUUUCGUUCAUAUCACAGCACUGUCUCUGGGUUCUAAAAAGAAAAGCUCUCAAUAUCUUAUUUUUCUCUGCCACAGAGAGAGAGAGAGAGAGAGAGAGAGAGAGAGAGAGAGAGAGAGAGAGAGAGAGAGAGAGAGAGAGAGAGAGAGAGAGAGAGAGAGAGAGAGAGAGAGAGAGAGAGAGAGAGAGAGCUAAAGGGGUUUCGAGUGAAGAUGAAGGAGGGAAAGCAAUAGAGACGUCACAGCCGACGGUGGCUCCUCCGGCGAAGCACAGCCGACAGCUAGGAGCUCAGCUGUCGGGAAGCAUGAGUUUCAGCAGACAAAUGUCGAAUGAAGACGAGGAGAUGUCGAGGACGGCUUUGUCUGCUAUCAGGGCGAAAGAAGAGGAGAUCGAGAAGAAUAAGAUGGAGAUUAGGGAAAGGGUUCAAGCUCAGCUUGGUCGUGUCGAAGAGGAGACUAAGCGCCUCGCUUUGAUCCGUGAGGAACUUGAAGGUUUAGCUGAACCCAUGAGGAAAGAAGUUGCUUUGGCCAGGAAGAAGAUUGAUUCUGUCAACAAAGAGUUAAAGCCUUUGGGUCAUACUGUUCAGAAAAAGGAACGAGAGUACAAAGAAGCUCUUGAAGCAUUCAACGAAAAGAACAGGGAGAAGGUGCAGCUAAUCACCAAGCUUACGGAGGUUAGUCAACUAAUUCUAAAAUCCUUUUCUUUUUUUUAUUUAUUGAAUAUAGUAAUUGGAGAUAGUGUUUGAAUAAUUGGUUCAAGUGUUUAUCUUCUUCUCUGGUUAUGGUUCUAUGUUUGUCUAAAUAUAUCUGUGAGUCUUGAGCUUAGUUAGUGAUUUUUCAACUCAAACAAAAAUUACAACAUGAUCUUUGAAUUUUAAAACAUCUGGUUUAUUAUUGACUGAAUACAAGUACACGCUAAUCCUCAAUUUCUACAGACUCGAGAAUAAUAAAUAAGAUUCAGUGAGAAAGGUGAAUCAGGCCAACAUGCAUGACGGCACAUCCAGAAAGUAAUUUACCUUCUUGAUACCAGCAAUCACAUGCAGCGGAACAAAACCAUGAUCAUCCAUGUGCCCACGAAGGUAUGUGUCUCUAAUCAAAUUCUCUUCACUGUAACAAAAAGAAACAUUUGCAUCUAAAUUACUCCUUCCCAGAAGAGAAAUGAGACGAAUAAGAGAGAUUCAAUACAAAAGUACUACCUAAAAUAAUAUUGUAUUUGCUUCUGUAGUUUUACGUUUAGAGGAAGAUCUUGGACUUGGUAAAAGACUGGACCAGGUGAGAGAGGGCUGAUGAAAGGCAUACGGGGAUAAUAUGGAGAUGCCAAUUCUGAAAUGAAAGACGCAUUAGAAAAAAAAAAAGAGUUCCAAAACGUGAUCUUUCAAUGUAUCUCACUAGGAGGAAAAGGCACAUGCCCGCCAAAAGGCUGAAUAGGCUGAGCUGCCAUAAACUGAGGAGGAAUUGACUGCAUAGUUGGAGGUUGAUGUCUCACAAAUGCUGGGGCGCCUCUUUGUGAAUGUGCAUUUCCAUCUCUCCCACUAAAGCUUCUGCAAAAAUUCCAGUUUUGAUUCCCUUGCUCCUGGCUGCGCCUGCCACCAUGACUUUGGUGGUGGUGGUGGUGGUGGUUACCAUUUUGGUUCCUGUGCGAGUGCCGUGGUGAAAAGUUGUCACUACAACCACCAUGGGUUUGUGAUGCAGAGCCAUUCCUCUGGUUUUGGCCUCUAGGAGAAGGGUUGUGCGAAGGUGUUUCGACAAGUGGAUCUUGAGAAACAGUACCAUUAGCAGCGGAUCCAGAAGAGCUAUAGUAAUUUUUAAAAAAAUUUAUAAAAUAAAAAAAAUUUAAUAUAAAAUAAUUUUACUGUUGACUUACUAUUCUAAUAUUUCAAUUUGAAUAUUCUCUUUGUUUUAUAAUAUAAUGGUUUAAAAGUAUUUUUUGUUACACUAUAUAAAUUGUUUUUAUAUUUCAAUGUAACUUUAUAUUUAUUAUAUAUUGCGUGGCCAAUUAAAUUAUGUAAAUUACUGUAUAAUUGUUUAAAUUUAAAUAUUAAAUGACAGUUUUCUAAAGAAAUAACUUUUAAAUAUUACAGAUUUUAAUUAAAAUUGAUUACAUUUUGAAGCAGAUGGAGUAAUCUAUAAACUAACUCUAUAUAUAUACCUUGAAUUUCUCUCAUUAUGUGCAUUCCUAACUCGAAUGAGAUAAUCAACAUCUAAUAUUAUGUUACUCUCAGUAUAUUAGAAAUGAUCGAACCGUAAACCAAUUAAGGAUGAUGUAAGGAAGACAUAAAUAUGUAUUUCCAGUUAUCAUAAAAUAUAGAAUCAAUUGACAGCAACUUAAUUAUGUUCAGCGUAGAACAACAGAGAAGAGUUUCCAUAAUUUCUAAUAUUAUAAUAUCUCACUAUUUUAAGCUUUUCUCUAGCACAAAUACUCACUUUAUUCUGGAGUUUAAGCUUUUCUAUCUGAUGAUAUUAGUAGUUUGAUCCAAAAAAGAAAACAGUCGAACUGUACAUUGUAAUUGGAAAAAGAAAACAAACAAAGGUAUAUGAAACAAAAACUGGAAAUAUCAAUUAUCUGCAAUUAAAGAAUAAUAAAGCAAUAAAAUUGUAAAAAUACAAAAAAAUAAUUUACACAGAAAAAGAUUUAGUAAAAUAAAAUCGUAAUAUAAUUUUCAUAAUUGAUAGUGCUCAGUUAAAAAGUCUAAAUUUACAACAUACACAGUUUUAUUUACAUCUUUAAACCUAUUAUCUAAUUAAAAUGAUUCUAAGGAAAGUGCCAGCAUGAAGAGUUAGAAACUAUACGAUAAAAUAUAAUACAUAAUAUUAAAAAUACAUUACUGAU